AGGUAAACAGCAUGGCGGCGUGUUUGAGCAUCACAGAGUCGUGGAUACGAGAGAGACUACAACUACAACACACAUGUCUCGGUGACGUCCGCUCACUGAGCCUCCCGGGGACGUGUGAGCAGAAGAUAGGCCGUCUGGGGAACUCACUGAGUAACUGUGUCCGUCUGAAGGCUCUGGACCUGUCCUGCAACGCGCUGGUCUCCAUUGAGGUGGGCGUUCAACAUUUGAAAGUGCUGGAGAGGCUGAUCCUGUACUAUAACUGCAUACCGUCCCUUGAGGAGGUAAACGUGCUAUUCGAGCUGCCAGCUUUGAGAGAGCUGGACCUCAGGCUCAACCCUCUGACCAAAAGUUACCCACAAUACCGUCCUUGUCUGGUGCAUGCCAUGCCCAACCUACGCAAACUAGAUGGUUGUUCAGUCAGAGACACCGAGCGCAAAGCUGCCAUAAUGCAGUUCUCCUCUGACCUUCUACCUCUGCAGAAGAGCUCAUCUUUGACUCAGGUUGCUGACCAAAGAAGCAGUGAUCAGAGACUGGCUUUAGUUGACCGCUUAACAAAGAGGCUUUCUCUCCUGACUGACACUGAUGAUAUUGUGUUGAAUUUUGUUGCGACGAAUCAUGGAGACCAAAGUGCAACUCAGCCCCACUCAGUUCUCAAGGAGGCAAAGGAACCCAAAGAAGAUGAAUCAGAAGACUUUACAGAACAGAGGAGUUCUACUCCAAUACAGGAAACCUCUAAAUCCAUCCUCAGGUAUCCUCCCACAAAAUAUGAUAUCGCAAGGUCCAAAGUGCCACACAUGAAAGAACCAUCUCAUAAAAGAAGCUCUACCUCAUUAAAAGUCACUGAAAGACCAAAGGUGUCCUUUGGCCCCUAUGUAGAGAAACGCAGACCUGUGCCUGAAAAACAAAAGCAAAAGGACUUCGACAAAAAAACCAGGCAUGCAGCCAAGGGACAUUACACCCCUAAUCCUGAUCAAAGUCAUGGUCAUAGUUCCUCAUUAGCUAAUAUCCGGCCUCCCAGUCCACGUCGUCCUGGUUUGAAUUUGUCUGACCUCUCAAACCCCAUCUUACAUCCUCCAAGACUGACCUACUCCAGCGUCAACAAGAUUGAGGGGGGCUCCAGCCAGCAGGGAGAAAAUAAAAAAAGGGGUAGUUACAGGAAACCCCUUGAGAUGCUCCUCAACCUCGUGGACAAACACUGGACCGGAGAGAGGUCAUUGCAUCAUAACAACAACUUCCUGUCCCAGGCAGUCCAGAUCCUCUCUAUGAUGGAAAAUGAUAUUUCCAGUCGGGAGGCUGAGGUCAGAACCUUACGACAGGAAGCUGAUGGACUGAGCUUUCAAGCUGCUGCACGAGAGGAAGAGCACAAAAGUGAAGUCUGUAACCUCUCCGCUCAGCUCGAGAAAGCCUGCAGUGGUGUUAGCAAACUAAAUGAGCAGCUGAGGAUUGUCUUGGAGGAAAAUGUCGCUCUUCAGAAACAGCUCAUCAAGUUAGAACGACAGUAUCUCAAGUCGAUGAUGAAAAGUUCACCUAUUUCUCAGAUUAAAGAGGCUCAGACAGAAGUGGAGGAGCUGAGGAAAGAGAUCGAGGUGUUGAGGGUGAAGGUGCAGGAGGCUGAGAAAGUCAAGGAUUUGUCAAAUAUGCUGCAAGAAAGCCACAGGUCCCUGGUGGCUACCAACGAGUGUUUGCUAGCUGAGCUGAAGGGGAGUGGGGAACUUUAAAGAGGAAUUUGACUGAAAAGAUGCACA